AUGGUCGAUAGGGAACAGAUGGUUAGUAUUAAGGAGAGGUUAGUGUUUGAUGAUUUGUUUGUUGUCCCAACUGAUGGGCAAUGGGGGGGAUUAGCCUUGCUUUGGAGAGGGGGUGCAAAGGUUUGGGUGGAUAGCUUUUCGAAGUAUCACAUUGACUCCAUUGUAGAUGGAAAUUCAGAGAGUGCUUGGCGAUUAACGGGGUUUUAUGGAGAGCCGGAUACUAAUCAUAGAAUUGAAGGAUGGAAUAUGCUCCGAAUGCUUAAUUCCAAACCAAAGCUUCCUUGGGUUUGCUUUGGGGACUUUAAUGAAUUGCUUGAGGUAGAGGAAAAAAAAGGGGGCGCUCCGAGAGCUCAUAAUCAAAUGCAAAUGUUCAGAGAUGUGUUGGACCAAUGUGGUUUUGUGGAUUUAGGGUACUCAGGGCCGGAUUUUACUUGGCAUGGAAGACGGCGUAAUGAAUUGAUUUGGGAAAGCUUAGACUGGGGGGUGGCUAAUUAUGACUGGUUGGCUAAGUUUCCCACUGCUAGAAUUCGUCAUCUGCAUUGUUUUACUUCUGAUCACAGGCCAAUUGUCCUAGCUCUUGACUCUAAUGGGGAGGCUCAAAGGUGGAGAAGGAAACCCUUCAGGUUUGAGGCAAUGUGGUUGACAGAUCUAGGGUGCAAGGAAAUUGUCACAAAAGCUUGGGAUUGUAAUGUCGUGGGUACUCCUAUGUAUGUUGCCACGAAGAAAUUGAAGAAGUGUAAAAAGAGGUUGAAGGAGUGGGACCGGGAUCAUUUUGGAAGUGUAAAGAAUAAUAUAAAGAAGCUUAAAGAACAAUUAUGGAAGGCAGAGAUGGAGUCGGUCAGAUCUGGGAGCUAUGAGGAAGCAGCUCCCACUCAAAGGAAGAGGAAAAACUUCAUUAAGGGUUUAAAGGACGAUGAAGGUGUCUGGCAUGAAGAGGAGAACCAAGUUUCGGGUUUGCUUAUUGAGUACUACUCUCAAUUAUUUUCAACCUCACAUCCUCAUGAUUUUGAUCGUAUCCUUGACGAGGUUGAUACAAUUGUUACUGAAGAGAUGAGGGUAGAGUUAGCACGUCCUUACACUUCUGAUGAGGUAGAUGCUGCUAUUAAGGAGAUGGCACCUUUGAAGGCUCCAGGGCCAAAUGAAACACAGAGUGCCUUUACUGCUGAUAGAUUGAUUACUGAUAAUAUCUUGAUAGCUUUUGAGUCUUUACACCAUAUGAAGACUAAUUGCACAGGGAGGAAAGGUUUUAUGGCCCUAAAGCUUGAUAUGAGUAAGGCCUAUGAUCGAGUGGAAUGGGUUUUCCUUGAGAAGAUUCUUUUGAAGAUGGGAUCGACAUUGGAGGAGCGCCUUAAGAUCCAGUCACUGUUGGAUAUCUACGAAGUGGCUUCAGGCCAGAUGAUUAACAAGGAGAAAACUACGCUAUUUUUCAGCGGAAAUACAGAUACACAAACGCAAGAUGCAAUCAAAGUGGCACUCAAUGUCCCUACCAUUCAACACUAUGAAAAAUAUUUGGGGCUUCCAUCCUUUAUUGGCAGGGAAAAGAAGGCUUGUUUUACUAAGGUGAAAGAACGAAUAUGGGCGAGGAUGCAAGGUUGGAAGGAAAAGCUUGUCUCAAGCAGGAAAGGAGGUUAUGAUCAAGGCUGUGAUUCAAAAAAGAUUCAUUGGGUGAAGUGGAGUUCCUUGUGCUCUUCUAAGUCGAUUGGUGGGAUGGGCUUCAGAGAUAUCCAAAAGUUUAACAAUGCUCUUUUGGCUAAACAAGUAUGGCGGUUGAUCCAUCAAAAAGACACUUUGCUCUACAAGGUGUUUAGUGCGAAAUACUUUCCUCAUGGGAGUAUUAUGGACGCUUCAGUUCCUCAAAAGUGUUCAUAUGCUUGGCGAAGUAUAUUACAAGCUCAGGAGGUCAUUGAGAAAUGUGCUAUCUGGCGUGUGGGCAGUGGUCAUGGGAUAGAUGUGUGGAAGCAUAGAUGGCUCCCAAACCCGACCUACAACAAAAUUAUUUCUCCAAGAAGAGAGUCUUCUGUGUCUCGGGUUAGUGAGUUGUUCUAUCCGGAUACUCGAAUAUGGGAUCCGGGAAAGCUUGAGGAGAAUUUCUAUCCGUGGGAGGCAGAGAUGUGUUUUGCUCCCUUGUUUCAGAAACGGUAUCGAUCGUUUCGGGACUUGCUUGAGGCAGUGAUGCUGAAAAGUUCUCAGUUUCGGGGUUCUUCUCGGAGUGCUCAGGUGUCUUGGUCUCCGCCGAUAGAAUCGGUAUACAAAGGAAACUUUGAUGCGGCCUUCUUUGACACGUCUGGUUGCGCGGGUGUUGAAGUGGUGUUCCGUGAUUUCCAAGGCCAAGUGAUCGCAGCUUUGAGUCAAAAAAUUCCUUUGGUUCAAUUGGUGGAGCUGGCAGAGGCUAUGGCUGCUCGUCGGGCCUUGUUAUUUGCCAAAGAGCUGAGUUUGUUUGAUGUGGAGAUAGAAGGGGAUUGUUCAAGGGUUCUUGCUGCUCUGAACAUGGCGAGGAGCUGUAGCACUUUAUUUGGUCAUGUGAUUGAUGAGUGCAAGAGUCUAGGGGCGUCGCUCCGUUCUUGCAAGUUCAAUCACGUUAGGAGGGAAGGGAAUAGGUUGACGCAUGCUUUAGCUAGGAGAGCAGUUAUAUCUGCAGACACGGAUGUAUGGGUAGAAUCUCUACCUAGUGAUUUGGAUAAUGUAUUCCAAUCGGAUUUGAUUCAAUAA